CACACUGUCUCUAUCAUCUCACACUCGCUCUCUGAGGCUCGGUGUCUCUUUUUCUCUGUCACUUUGGGAUGUUGAGUGUUUCAUAACGUCUGAUUCUGGAUCAGUGGGAUUGUUGUGUUGGUGCUGAAACUCAGGACCAGAGGUGCAAUGCGGCUGCAUGUGAGCUGGUUGGUGUUGUUGCUCGGGCUGCGGUGUGUUUGCUCUCAGCAGGACGAUUAUGAGGAAGACUAUGAUGAAGAAGAAGAGGAAGAGAGGACCAUAAGGGGAAAAGCCAAAAGCAAGCCGCUCACAUCCAACCUCACGCCAAAGAACAACGCUCAGGCGCUCACAGGUGACGACUGCAGCCUCGAGCUGGCAUUUUUGCUGGACAGCUCUGAAAGUGCCAAGGACAACCACGGCCAGGAGAAGGAGUUAGUCACUGAAGUGGUUGAGCGCCUGCAGAACAUGAAGCUCCAGAGUGGAAGCAGGCUGAGUUUCAGAUCUGCACUUCUUCAGUACAGCAGUCACGUGAUACUCGAGCAGACAUUCAGUCAGUGGAAAGGCGUGGCCAACUUUAAAGCCAACAUUGCACCCAUCACCUACAUCGGGCAAGGCACGUAUGUGACGUAUGCCAUCACCAACCUAACACAUCUCUACCUAAACGAAUCAGGAACCGGAAGUGUCAAAGUGGCUGUGCUGCUCUAUGAUGGAGUAUCUCAUCCGAAAAAUCCAGACGUAUUGUCUGCUGUGACCGAUGCCAAGAACCAAGGGGUUCGAUUUUUUGCCAUUGGUGUCACACCCGCUGCCAGAGAGAUGUCUAAACAGGCACAGCUGAGGAUGCUGGCCAGUUCUCCACCACACAGCUACUUACACAACCUGCAGGAUAAAGACAUCGUCACGAAGAUCAUUAACGAGUUGAUGAAGUUGGCAGAUGAGGCGUGUCCUUUGGAGAAAAGGUGUGUAUGUGAGAAAGGAGAGAGAGGACCAAGUGGACCAGCCGGGAAAAGGGGUCGACCAGGAGAUGAUGGAAGUCCAGGAACAAAAGGGCAGAAGGGUGAAGGCGGGCAACCAGGACUGCCAGGGCUAAACGGCGGAGAGGGCAAAUCAGGAAGUAGAGGAGAGAAGGGAGAGAGAGGAGAAUGUGGGAUGCCUGGUGUCAAAGGAGACAGAGGUCCUGAAGGUCCAGUGGGCGUCAGUGGAAACAGAGGACUGCAGGGCUUGCCUGGACCUAACGGUGACAUUGGACCCCAGGGACCAGCAGGACACAAAGGAGAGAGGGGCUUUCCUGGGCCACCUGGACCUCAGGGUGAAACUGGAAUAGGCAUUACUGGACCAAAGGGUGAGAUUGGACUUCAGGGCAGAGCUGGACCUCCGGGACCUCCAGGACUUGGAGAACCUGGCUUACCAGGGCCUCAGGGGCCACAGGGGCUGCAGGGAGAAAAAGGACCUCCAGGAGAGGGAUUACCUGGGCCAAAGGGGGAGCGAGGGAUAGAGGGUCCGAGGGGACUGAGAGGACCAGCCGGACCUGGAAUUAAAGGAGACAAGGGCGACUAUGGACCCCCUGGGUUACCUGGAGAGACCGGGUUUCCUGGAUUAAGUGUGCAAGGAGACAAGGGUGUUGAGGGACCACGUGGACCCCCAGGGCUCAGAGGGCCACCAGGAGAAGGUUAUCAUGGACCAAAGGGUGAUCAAGGAUUACCAGGAGAAGUCGGAGCACCAGGGGCGAGUGGAGUGGGAGAACCAGGGCCAAAGGGUGAACCAGGGGCUCCGGGGUUAUCAGGGUUACCGGGGUUACCUGGAGAGGAUGGCGCACCUGGACAAAAGGGAGAGCCUGGUCUUCCAGGUUCGAGAGGGCAGGAAGGAGCACCAGGUGUUGGAACACAGGGAGAAAAGGGAGAUCAAGGCCAGAGAGGAUUCCGUGGAUUAUCAGGACCUCCGGGAAUCCCUGGGCCAUCAGGAGCAAAAGGUGAACCGGGAGCACCGGGGCGCCUCGGUUUACCAGGACCUCCAGGACGUACAGUAACUGGAGCAAAGGGUGAUGCAGGUCAGCCAGGUCUUCCAGGACCAUUGGGGGAGACAGGGUAUGGAUUUCCUGGACCAAAGGGAGAACGUGGAGAUGCAGGUCCUCCUGGUCCAUUUGGGCCAAAAGGAGCUGGCUACCCUGGUCUACCGGGGCCACCUGGGCUUCCCGGGCAUCCUGGAGAUCCCGGUCCGGAGGGUUUGGGAGUCCCAGGGCCAAAGGGUGAUAUUGGGUUUCGAGGUUUGCCAGGGCCACCAGGACCACCAGGCGAGGGCCUGCAAGGUUUACCAGGCACCACAGGAAGGCCGGGACCUCCUGGUUCACUAGGACCCCCAGGGCAGGGCAUACAAGGCCCGAAGGGUGAGCUUGGAGCUCAGGGCUUGGUUGGGCCAAGAGGACCACCAGGAGAGGGUCUUCCUGGGACAAAGGGUGACCGUGGUACUCCAGGAGAGAGAGGCCAGAAAGGGGUCAAAGGUGACUUCGGGGAUCCUGGAUCACCAGGUCAACCAGGUCGACAGGGAGUGAAAGGAGAGACAGGUCUGACGAGAGAAGACGUCAUCAGAAUGAUACGAGAAAUAUGUGGAUGCGGGAUUAAAUGUAAGGAGCGACCGAUGGAGCUGGUCUUCGUGAUUGACAGCUCGGAGAGUGUCGGCCCUGAGAACUUUGAGAUCAUAAAGGAUUUUGUAAUGGCACUGGUGGAGAGAGUGACGGUAGGAAACCGUGCCACCCGAGUCGGGCUCGUGCUCUACAGCUUGGAGGCUCGGCUGGAGUUCGACCUCGCCAGAUAUGCCGCGAAGCGUGACGUCAAACAUGCCGUGCGCAGGAUGACUUACAUGGGCGAGGGCACUUAUACCGGGACAGCCAUCCGCAAAGCGACACGUGAGGCCUUCCGCACCGCUCGGUCCGGGGUCUCCAAGGUCGCUGUGGUCAUUACGGAUGGACAGACGGAUGAGCGUGACUCUGUGAAGCUGGAAAUCGCAGUGCGGGAGGCACACGCUGCCAACAUUGAGAUGUUUGCUCUGGGGAUCGUGAAUUCCAGUGAUCCAGCGCAGGCAGAGUUUCUUAAAGAGCUCGAUCUCAUCGCCUCGGACCCUGACAGUGAGCACGUCUUUCAGAUAGAUGACUUUAAUACCCUACCAGCUCUGGAAUCCAAACUGGUCAGUCAGUUCUGUGAGGACGAGAACGGAGGCAUCUUUAGCCCCAUUAAUGGCAACAUAUACAACAACCAUCUCAACCGCAUCAAUGGUCUCUUGUAUGAGUCCGAUAACAACGGAAAUCGCAUCAGCAGUGGUGGACAUUAUAACGGAAACAAUGUAGACCCAGUAAACGCCAGGACACACUCUGGAACACAUUCAGGAAAACCCUCUGGUACUUAUACACAUACUGCGAUACACAGCGGUACUCACAGUGGAACCCACACUGGUACUCACAGCGGGAUCCACACUGGUACUCACACUGGAACAAUUACUGAUACUCACAGUGGUACACACACUGGUCCUCACAACGGGACACACACUGGUACUCACAGUGGAACAGUCACUGGUACUCACAGCGGUACACACACUGGUCCUCACAGUGAAACACACACCGGUACUCACAGUGAAACACACACCGGUACUCACAGCGGGACACACACUAUCUCAGUCAGUCAUGGAGGUGGAAGAGGUGACAGUAUUCCAGUACCUGUAACCCCACAGGUCCCACACACCAUAGAUAUUCACACACAUGGGAGCUCUGAGCACAGCAACACGGGAGACGUUUCAUCACACAACAGACCAUCUACACGUGGCAGACCAUCAUCAUCAUCAUCAUCGUCAUCAUCAUCGACUGUAGUCACAUCAUCCACUUCUGUGCAUUACAUUUCUGCCCCGCGACCUCCUUUACCUAAAGAAAUUGUGCCCCUUGACCCCCGCUGUGAGCUGAUGUUGGAUCAGGGGACGUGUCGCGAUUACAGCAUCCGCUGGUACUACGACCGCACCGCCAACGCGUGUGCGCAGUUCUGGUAUGGGGGUUGUCACGGCAACCGCAAUCGCUUCGAUACUGAGGACGAGUGCAAGAAGACCUGUGUGGUCCCACGAAGAGGAGGAUGAGAAGCAUGGAUGAUGCUGAUGAAAUGACAUUGACUGUUAUUGACUGUUAUAAUAUCUGUAAUACCUCAUUUGCCAUCUGUCUUUAAGAGAUGUGCAUGUAAAUGGCUUAAAUGUGUUUCCUUUUUACAAACUAUAAACAUGCAUAGUUUACAGCAGUGAUAUCCUGUAAAUAUUUUUUUAUCUUUAAGUACUAAGUAGUCAAAUCUGAUUGGUCAGGUGGUGUUUAAUGAGUUUUCUAUAACAGCAGCUCUGAUGGUGGUGCAGCUACAAAACACAGCUUUAUAUUAACGCACUUAUACUCAUUUGUAGAAAAAUCCGGAAA